UUCACCUCCACCACUUUUCUUCACACCAUGCAACUUGCAACUAUCCAUCUUUUGCGAAAAAAUCUUCAAAUCGAUACUAAAACUCAGAGGAAAACGAAAUCAUUGCAGCAUUCAUGGAUAACUUGCAUACACGUAGGAGACCAGGCGAUUCUGAAAAAGUCGUUCUUCAGGGCGUUAAGAUUGAUAAAUUGAACAAUGAGCAGAACAAUAUGGCGUCACCGCAAUCACAAAAUCAAACGCGUCAGACAUUGCCUAAAUCUGUAAGCAAAAGCACUUUUGGUAGGAUUGCUAGUACCUUUAAAGCCUCUAGGAAUGCAUCUAAAGGCAUUGGCCAUAGGCACGCCCCUCAUUCUGGAGCGCUUAGAGGCCUUAAUAGUGUCCGAUUUAUUGAUAAAAAACAAGUAGGGAAAGAGGGUGAUGGUUGGCACAAUGUGGAGAAUCGUUUUCAUCAAAUGGCAGUCAAUGGAAAGCUCAGUAGAGAAAAAUUUGGAGUUUGUGUUGGAAUGGGGGAGAGCAGAGACUUUGCAGUAGAGUUAUUCGAUACGUUGGCAAGGCGGAGGGAUGUAAAUACAGAAAAUGGGAUAGACUUGGAACAACUGAAGUUGUUCUGGGAAGACAUUGCACUACAAGACAGUGAUACAAGGCUUAGCAUAUUCUUUGAUAUGUGUGACAAGAAUGGUGACGGUAGGUUAUCUGAGGAAGAGGUGAAAGAGGUACUUAUAAUGAGUGCUUCGGCUAACAAGCUCGGAACUUUCAAGAAACAUGCUGGCCGCUAUGCAGCUGUCAUCAUGGAAGAACUGGACCCUGAUCAUUUGGGCUAUAUAGAGAUGUGGCAACUUGAAGCAAUAUUAAGAGGGGGGUUGGCCAAUCAAGAAGGAGGCAACUCCGGUGGCGCUGCUAUGAAGAAAUCACAAUCACUUGCAAGAACCAUGAUACCUACAAGAUACAGAGGUGCAAUAGGUAAAUAUGGAAGUUUAGCCUUGGAAAAAACAUAUGAAAACUGGCAGAAAAUAUGGGUAAUGCUCUUGUGGUUGUACGUGAAUGCUCAACUCUUUGCCUGGAAGUUUCAAGAAUACAAAAAGAAACCAAGUUUCUUAGUCUGUAGCUAUUGUGUUUGCUUUGCCAAGGGUGCAGCUGAGACUCUCAAGUUCAACAUGGCUCUCAUUCUAUUUCCUGUAUGCAGAAGAACAUUAACUAAAAUCCGUGAAUCAUUUCUUGGAACCUUUAUACCUUUUGAUGAAAACAUCAACUUCCACAAAAUUAUUGCAUUAGGGGUCGCCAUUGGGGUUGCUGUACAUACAGGGUUUCAUCUUACUUGCAAUCUUGUGAGAAUGUCAAGUUGUUCUCGGUCAUUAUUUAUGAGUACCCUCGGACCAAGCUUCGACUACAAGCAGCCAUCUUAUAUGGACAUUGUAAUGACCAUUCCAGGUAUAACCGGCGUGCUCAUGAUUUUAAUUAUGGCUUUUUCAUUCACUCUAGCCACACAUGCAUUCAGAAGGAAUGUUGUAAAAUUGCCAUGGAUAUUCCAUCACUUAGCUGGUUUUAAUGCUUUCUGGUACUCACAUCAUCUUCUGGCGGUAGUCUAUAUCCUCUUCUACAUUCAUGGCACCAUGUUAAUCAUUGGCAAGGAAAAGACGACGUGGAUGUAUAUCACAGUUCCAAUACUUUGCUAUGCAACUGAACGGCUUUUGGUUCUUCGCGAUCUCAAUUUUGAUGUCCAGAUCAUAAAGGCUAUUAUAUACACGGGAAAUGUGUUAGCCUUAUACAUGAGCAAACCUCCAUCAUUCAAGUACCAGAGUGGGAUGUACCUUUUUGUCAAGUGUCCAGAUAUUUCGCCUUUUGAAUGGCAUCCGUUCUCAAUUACUUCUGCACCAGGAGAUGACUACCUAAGUAUUCACAUUCGUACUCUGGGAGACUGGACCACUGAACUUAAAGACAGAUUUGCGAAGGUCUGUGAAGUCAAAGACGCGAAACCAAGACAAGGAAAUCUUGUAAGAAUGGAAACAAGAUCAAAUGUCAGAUCUGCAAGCUUAGCUUCACGCUCAUCAGCUGCGGAAUGCGUGCCCAAGUCAGGCCCAUUGCAGAUUGAGCCAGAAUCAUCUUCAGAUCAAGAUUUCCCAACGAUUAUCAUCAAAGGACCUUACGGUGCACCAGCUCAGAAUUACAAGAAAUAUGACGUACUUUUACUUAUUGGCCUAGGAAUAGGAGCAACUCCCUUUAUCAGCAUAUUAAAAGACCUUUUAAACAACAUUGGCGAUUACAAGAAACAGGACUUUGAUGAGGAGGCUGAUGCAAAAAUUCCUGAUCGAGCAUACUUCUAUUGGGUGACAAGAGAACAAGGCUCCUUUGAAUGGUUCAAAGGCGUAAUGGAUGAUGUUGCAGAACAAGACGUCAAUCAUAUAAUCGAAAUGCAUAACUAUCUGACUAGUGUAUAUGAAGAAGGCGAUGCUCGAUCUGCACUCAUAACAAUGGUUCAGUCUUUGGAACGUGCUAAAAAGGGUGUUGAUGUCGUUUCAAAUAGUAAGAUAAUAACACACUUUGCAAGACCAAACUGGAGAAAGGUGUUUACUGAUUUAGCGACGACCCAUGAUAAACAUAUCAUAGGCGUGUUCUACUGUGGAAGUCCUACACUUACAAAACCACUCAGGGAGCUCUGUGAAGAAUUUAGCUUGGAAACCUCAAGUCGCUUUGAAUUCCACAAGGAAAACUUCUAAGUAGAUAGGCAAUCUAGUACAAAGUGUUGUAUGUCAUAUAGCAGAUUCGGUCACUUCUUUUCAAGUCACAUGUGUACACAUAACGGAACUUCUGAAUCUUGAAGUGUUAGUUCCUCUUACAUUUUCUGACAGAUUAAUGAUGCAUUAUAAUGUUUUUCAGAGAA